CUUUGGGGGAAGAAGAUCUCCGACGUGUGGCGCUUGAAUGUGGGAAGCAGAAAGUCAGAACAAGGAAAGGUGUUUAACUUCAGCCAAACUUGCAACUUGGAGCCUGAGGAGAAUCCUUGAGAGAACUGACCAAUACAAGCUGCAUACUUUAAGUCUGAGGCACUUGUGAAAUGCAGAUGACAAUAAUUCGGACAAUAGUAAUUAAAAAUAAUUAGUGACACAUCUCAGUUAAGAAGUGCAUACACUGGUCUGUACUUCCUGUCGGAUAAAGGAGAAUAGCCCUAGAUGUCCCUGACAUCCUAUGUUUUGCUGACUUGGGCUCGCCUCCCUUCCUGAGGAGCAGGACCAUAGACUUGGGUGACAUCCUUGCUGACUUCAGAAAGCAAAGAAAGAUUUUAUUUGUAUUCCCACUGUGGACAGCUGACUUCUAGGCAAUCAGGUGGUGGAGGAGAAGAAAGUCAGAAGCCUUGAAGAGGGACCUUGCCCUCAUUUCUUCCAGCCUGACUCCUGGGAGUCCUUAGCAAUAGGCUCAGGAAUAAAACAACACAAUGGAUUGGGCGACCCUGCACACUUUCAUUGGGGGUGUGAACAAACACUCCACCAGCAUUGGGAAGGUGUGGAUCACAGUCAUCUUCAUUUUCCGAGUCAUGAUCCUUGUGGUGGCUGCCCAGGAAGUGUGGGGUGAUGAACAGGAAGACUUUGUCUGCAACACUCUGCAACCAGGAUGCAAGAACGUGUGCUACGACCACUUCUUCCCCAUCUCCCACAUCCGCCUGUGGGCCUUGCAGCUGAUCUUUGUGUCCACCCCAGCACUGCUGGUGGCCAUGCAUGUGGCCUACUACAGACAUGAAACUGCCCGCAGGUUCAGGAAAGGAGAGAAGAGAAAUGAAUUCAAAGACCUAGAGGACAUAAAAAAGCAGAAGGUUCGAAUAGAGGGGUCCCUGUGGUGGACAUACACCAGCAGCAUCUUCUUCCGAAUUAUCUUCGAAGCUGCCUUUAUGUAUGUGUUUUACUUCCUCUACAAUGGGUACCACCUGCCCUGGGUGCUGAAAUGUGGGAUUGAGCCCUGCCCCAAUCUUGUUGACUGCUUUAUUUCCAGACCAACUGAGAAAACUGUGUUUACGAUUUUUAUGAUUUCUGCAUCUGUGAUUUGCAUGUUGCUUAAUGUGGCAGAGCUGUGUUAUCUGCUGCUGAAAGUGUGUUUUAGGAGAUCCAAAAGAACCCAGACCCAAAGAAAUCACCCCAACCAUGCCGUAAAAGAGAGUAAGCAAAAUGAAAUGAAUGAGCUGAUUUCAGAUAGUGGUCAAAAUGCAAUCACAGGUUUUCCAAGUUAAGCAUUUCAAGAUAAAGUGUUGUCACAUCCUGAUAAAACAUUUGUCUUCUCCAGGAGAAGACAACCUGAAAAUCCCCUCUCUAGGCUGUAAAGUUUGUCUUUAUAAAUGACUUUCAUAAUAAAUAGAUACUUGAAUUCACUUUUUGUAGAAUACUUGUGCCAUUCACAUGUGACAUAAUCAAAUACAUGGUUCAUCUCUGAAAACAAAACACUGGUUGAUGACUGAGCCUUGAAGUCACUUUAACAAGUUCAUUUUAUGUGGAUCAUCUGACCUAGUAGGUUUUCCUGAAAAUUUAUUUUACUGCUGUUGUUAAAGAACUUUUUUCUAGAAACUGAUACUUUUAUUAGUAAAAGAUAUUUUUAUAGGAUUGAAUAUUUUAGUUCUGACUUUGGAUUUAUAUAAAAUAUUUUUAUAAUGACCAGCCUUCCUUAUCUGAAAAAACAUAUGAUGUUAGUUUUAGAACUGUACCACAGGUAUCUCAAUUUUGAAUUUAAAAAGGGUCUAUCUUGUAAAUAUUGUUUUGCAUUGUCUAUUGAGAAACUUAUGAACUGUCAUGAUACUUUCAAGGUGGAAAGUGUUCUUUGUACAAUAUAUUUUUACUGCUUCCUGAAUGUAGAUGGAGCAGUAUAUGGAAGUGGGAUGCUUUUUAAAACUAGCCUGUUUGCCAAUUGUUAUGAAAAAAAACAUAAAUGUGAUCAAUUCAAUAAAGCUCAACCCCAUUGCUUAAG